CAGUUCACAGGUGCCAGACUGAGGCUGUUUGGUUCGUCUAAGAACGGCUUCGGCUUCAAGCAGAGUGACCUGGACAUCUGUAUGGUGCUGGACGGACAGGAGACCGCUGAAGGUCUGGACUGUAUCAGCAUUAUAGAGUCUCUGGCCAGACUCCUGAGGAAACACCCAGGUCUGAGGAACAUCCUCCCCAUCACCACGGCUAAGGUCCCCAUCGUUAAGUUCUACCACGCCAGGACCGGCCUGGAGGGAGACAUCAGUCUCUACAACACGCUGGCCUUACACAACACGCGUCUGUUGGCGUGUGACGCUGCCAUCGACCCCCGAGUCAAGAUGCUGUGUUAUGUCACGAAGGUGUUUGCCAAGUUGUGUGAUAUCGGUGAUGCGUCUCGAGGAAGUCUGUCGUCCUACGGCUUCACCCUGAUGGUGCUAUUCUACCUGCAACAGAGGAACCCACCUGUUAUACCUGUACUACAGGAGAUUUAUGACGAGGAGAAGAAGCCUGAGAUUUUGGUAGAUGGAUGGAAUGUCUACUUCUACGAUGAUCUGGAUAAACUGCCUGAGCGCUGGCAGCAGAAGAACCUGGAGUCUGUAGGUGCUCUGUGGCUGGGCCUGCUGCAGUUCUACACCGAGACCUUUGACUUCAGAGAACACGUUAUCUCCAUCAGACAGAGAGCAGCUCUCACCACCUUCAACAAGCAGUGGACCUCUAAGUACAUCGUCAUCGAGGAUCCUUUUGACCUGAACCAUAACCUGGGAGCUGGCCUGUCCAGGAGAAUGACCAACUUCAUCAUGAAGGCUUUCAUCAAUGGCAGAAGUGUGUUUGGAACAACAGUCAAAGCCUACCCUCCUGAGUACACUAGUCCGAUGGAGUUCUUCUUUGAUCCUGAGGUGCUGACUGAGGGACAGCUGGCUCCUAACGACCGCUGCUGCAGGAUAUGUGGCAAGAUCGGACACUUCAUGAAAGACUGCCCCAUGCGCAGGAAGUAAGAAUGUGUUGCGUUGCGUAAG